AUGCCGCAGCUCGGCCGCCGCCAGACUGGCGACGACGCUUCAGCCUCCUCCGCACUGCCCACCACGCUGGUCGCGACGCGCACAUCCGGUGCUGCGUCGGCCACGGCCCUGGUUGUCGACACCGGCUCGACCUCGACCUCCAUUCCCCAGCCCUUCGACACGAGCCUGGGCUCCAACUUCACGAGCCCCAGCUGCCCCAAUUUCUUCAAUUCCUUCCUCGAGAACUCCACCUUCGUCGACUGCGUGCCAUUGUCGCUCCUCCUUCAAACCUCAAGCUCCUUCUUCGAUGUCACCCGCUCCCUCGUGCGCACCACCCAGGUGCUCGACGCGUCAUGUUCGGUCAAUUUCGCCCAGUGCAGCGCUAUGAUGGAUGACCUGGCGACGCAGCUGGUCCACGAUGACCAUUGCGGCGCCGACUACAAGGCCAGCAACCCCACCGUGCUGCAGGCCUACAAGGGGCUCGUGGCGUAUGCGCCCGUCUACCAGGCUGGCUGCAUGCGGGACUCGUCAGGAAGCUACUGCUUCGCCAAUGCCAUCACGAAUUCCUCAUCGCCCACGGAUUCCUACCCUUACUACCUCCCUGUCGGUGUGGCACUGCCCGGAGGCUCCCGCCCAACCUGCAACUCGUGCCUGCAGACGACCAUGAAUGCCUUCUGGACAUAUACUUCGAAUAGCACGCAGCCCAUCAGUCAGACGUAUGCGCAAGCUGCAGGAGUGGUCAACAUACAAUGUGGGCCCAAUUUCGUGAACGCGACAGUGGCGAAGUCGACGACCGGUGGGGUGGCGCCGACCCGCCCACUGCCAGGACUGUCGUCAGCAGCCCUGCUAGUCGCCUUGUUCGCACUUCUGCUUUAA